AUGGAGGAAGGUGGCGAUUUUGAUAAUUACUAUGGGGCAGACAACCAGUCUGAGUGUGAGUACACGGACUGGAAGUCCUCGGGGGCCCUCAUCCCCGCCAUCUACAUCUUGGUCUUCCUCCUGGGCACCACGGGCAACGGGCUGGUGCUCUGGACCGUGUUUCGGAGCAGCCGGGAGAAGAGGCGCUCGGCUGACAUCUUCAUCGCCAGCCUGGCGGUGGCCGACCUGACCUUCGUGGUGACCCUGCCGCUGUGGGCCACCUACACGUACCGGGAUUAUGACUGGCCCUUUGGGACCUUCUCCUGCAAGCUCAGCAGCUACCUCAUCUUUGUUAACAUGUAUGCCAGCGUCUUCUGCCUCACCGGCCUCAGCUUCGACCGCUACCUGGCCAUCGUGAGGCCAGUGGCCAACGCACGGCUGAGGCUGCGGGUCAGCGGGGCGGUGGCCACGGUGGUCUUGUGGGCCUUGGCUGCCCUACUGGCCAUGCCUGUCAUGGUGUUCCGCUCUACUGGGGACCUGGAGAACACCACCAAGGUGCAGUGCUACAUGGACUACUCCAUGGUGGCCACCUCGAGCUCCGAGUGGGCCUGGGAGGUGGGCCUGGGGGUCUCGUCCACCGCCGUGGGCUUCGUGGUGCCCUUCAGCAUCAUGCUGACCUGCUACUUCUUCAUCGCCCAGACCAUCGCUGGCCACUUCCGCAAGGAGCGCGUGGAGGGCCUGCGGAAGCGGCGCCGGCUGCUCGGCAUCAUCGUGGUGCUGGUGGUGACCUUUGCCCUGUGCUGGAUGCCCUACCACCUGGUGAAGACUCUCUACAUGCUGGGCAGCCUGCUGCACUGGCCCUGCGACUUCGACCUCUUCCUCAUGAACGUCUUCCCCUACUGCACCUGCAUCAGCUACGUCAACAGCUGCCUCAACCCCUUUCUGUACGCCUUCUUUGACCCCCGCUUCCGCCAGGCCUGUGCCACCAUGCUCUGCUGGGGCCACAGCAGGUGCGGGGGUAGCUCGCCCAGCAGCAGCGGGGAGAAGUCGGCCAGCUACUCUUCGGGGCACAGCCAGGGGCCCGGCCCCAACAUGGGGAAGGGCGGAGAGCAGACGCACGAGAAGUCCAUCCCCUACAGCCAAGAGACCCUUGUGGUUGACUAAGGCUGGGAAGCCUGGUGCCCUCAGCCCUGCCCAGCCUCUGCCCUUGCUCCCUGAGAAUCAGGUAGCGUAGCUGCAGCUUUUCCCUCGCACCCCACCUCUUUCUCGGCUCCCUGCUUCCCAUCUCCCUCUUGU